AUGACAGCCGUUAGAAAGCUUGGCAAGACUGUCGGCGGUCCGUCACCCAAGGCGGGGCCUCCCCCACCCCACCAAAAGCCUGAGAAUGUUCUCAAGCGCGCCCACGAGCUCAUCGGGGUCAACCAGGCCUCCGCCGCCUUGACCCUGCUCCACGAGCACAUCACCUCGAAGCGCUCCCGCAAUGUCCCCAUCGCCUCCCUGGAGCCCGUGAUGCUCCUCCUCGUCGAGCUCUCCGUCGAGCAGAAGAAGGGCAAGCUUGCCAAGGACGCCCUCUACCAGUACAAGAACAUCGCCCAGAACACCAACGUCGCCACCAUCGAGUUGGUCCUCAAGAAGUUCAUCGAGCUCGCCGCCGAGAAGGUCACCGUUGCCCAGGCCAAGGCCGACGAGGUCCAGUCCAGCAUCGAGGCCACCACCUCCAACAUCGACGAUCUCGAGGCCUCCGAGACCCCCGAGUCCAUCCUGCUCGCUACCGUUUCCGGUGAGCAGUCUCGCGACCGUACCGACCGCGCUAUCGUCACCCCUUGGCUUAAGUUCCUUUGGGAGGCCUACCGCACUGUUCUGGAUAUUCUCAGGAACAAUGCUCGUCUUGAGAUCCUCUACCAGAGCACCGCCAUGCAGGCCUUCGACUUCUGCCUCAAGUACAUCCGCAAGACCGAGUUCCGCCGCCUUUGCGAGCUUCUCCGCAACCAUGUCCAAACCGCCGCCAAGUACUCGGCUCAGAUGCACGCUAUUAACCUGAACGACCCCGAUACUCUGCAGCGUCACCUUGAGACCCGCUUCCAGCAGCUCAACGUCGCCGUUGAGCUCGAGCUCUGGCAGGAGGCUUUUCGCAGUGUUGAGGAUAUCCACACCCUCCUCAGCCUCAGCAAGCGCCCCGCCAAGAACGUCAUGAUGGCCAACUACUACGAGAAGCUUACCCGUAUCUUCCUCGUCGGCGAGAACUACCUUUUCCACGCCGCUGCUUGGGCCCGCUAUUACAACCUCUUGCGCCAGUCUGCUGCUCUCAUUGCUUCCGGCCACAGCAAGAAGGCUGAUAACCCGGCUUGCAGCGAUGCUGACCUCCAGAGGGCUGCCACUUUCGUUAUUCUCUCCGCCCUCUCCAUCCCCGUCAUCAGCACCUCGCGCUCCCGCGGUGCCAUGGUCGACUUCGAUGAGGCCCGCAAGAACAAGAACUCUCGCUUGACCCACCUGCUCGGCAUGGCCCAGGCCCCUACCCGUGCUGGUCUCUUCCGCGAUGCUCUUUCCAAGUCGCUCCUCCGCCGCGCCCAGCCCCAGAUUCGCGAUCUCUACAACAUCCUCGAGGUCGACUUCCACCCUCUUUCCAUUUGCCAGAAGAUCUCCCCCAUUCUUGCCGAGAUUGGCGCCGAUGCCGAGAUGCAGAAGUACAUCCUUCCUCUUCAGCAGGUCAUUCUCACCCGUCUGUUCCAGCAGCUUUCGCAGGUGUAUGAGACUGUCGACCUCGAGUUCGUCGAGAGCUUGGCUCAGUUCCCCGAGCCUUUCCAGGUCACCCGCGGCACCAUUGAGAAGUUCAUCAUGAACGGCAACAAGAAGGGCGAUCUUGCCAUCCGCAUGGACCACGCCACUGGCGUCCUUAGCUUCGACGCCGACGUCUUCUCUUCCGCCAAGGCCGUCCACGCUGGUUCUUCUGCUGGCUCUGCCGAGAGCGAGACUGGCUCUGUCCAGCGUCUCCAGAGCACUCCCUCCCAGAUUGUGCGCUCUCAGCUCACUCGCCUUGCUGAGGCCCUCUACACCACCUGCCGCUACAUCGACCCUAGCUUCAACGAGGCUCGCAUCAAGGCUCGCGAUGAGGCCCUUGCUCGCGCCAAGGCUGGUGCCGAGAAGGAGCACCAGGAGGUACUUGCUCGCAAGGAGAUCAUUCAGAAGCGCAAGGACAAGGCUUCUGAGGCUCAUGCCCAGAAGGAGAAGGAGAAUGCCCGCAAGAAGCUUCUCCAGGAGCAGGCCCUCCAGCAGGCUGAGGCCGCUCGUCUUGCUGAGGAGCAGAAGCUCCGCGAGGCCAAGCGUCUUGCCAACGAGCGUGAGCAAAUCAAGAGGAAGGAGGUUGAGGCUCUGCUCAAGGACAUGAAGCUCGAGGAGCUCAAGGGUGAGGAUAUCGAGACCCUUGACAGCAGCAAGAUCCGCAUGAUCAAGCUCCAGCAGCUCGAGCGUGAGAAGAACAGCGUCUCCGAGAAGCUCCACUACGCCAAGCAGCGCGAGCGCGAUCUCGCUGCCUACGAGCGUACCAAGGCCCAGACUCUCAAGGAGGCUGAGCUUAAGCACAAGGCUGAUGUUGAGCUCAAGCACCGUCUUACUCGCCUCAUGCCCUUCUACGAGUCGUUCAGGUCUGACCUGCACGAGCGUCGCCGUGAUGAGUUCGAGAAGCGCCGCCGUGAUGCCGAGCGUGAGAUGGAGAAGCAGAUCAACGCCCGCCGCAAGGAGGCCCGCGAGAAGAGGAUCCGUGAGAAGCGCGAGCGUGAGGAGCGUGAGCGUCAACUCCGCGAGGCCGAGGAGCGCGCCGCCAGGGAGAAGGAGGAAGAGAGGAAGCGUCUGGAGGCUCGCAGGGAGGAGCUCCAGCGCCUCAAGGAGGAGAAGGAGAAGGAGCGCGAGAAGCUGCGCGAGAUUGCUGCCCGCCAGCAACAGCGCGAGGAGGAGGCCAUGGCCAGGCGCAAGGCCGAGAAGGAGAAGCUUGCUGCUACUCCUUCUGCCUACAGACCCCCCGCGGCUACGGAGCGCACCGAGGCUGCUGCUCCUCCCCGCAUUGCCCUCGCUGGCAACCGCCCCAGCUGGAGAGAGCGCGAGGCCGCCAAGGCCGCUGGCGAGACCGCCGCUCCGCCCCGCUGCUGCCGCUGA